GAUCAGUUUGCCUGUUGUGGUCGGAGGGAUAAGCGUUUCGGAUAGAGCGCGCCCAAAAGGCAUCGAUCUAUUUUUCUUUUAUUUUGGCUUCUAGCCAUUGUAUGGAGCGUGAAAAAUCGUCAUCAUUGGUGUUAGAGAGGCAGCGUGAGACGCUCUUGAAGAGCGUCGAGGUCGCGAAUGAGCGAGGCCGCGACGAUGCGCGCGGCGUGGAGGCCGACGCCGAGGUGGGCGCGGAGGCCGAGGCCGCCGCGCCCGCGGUCGGCCGCUGGGGCGCCGAGUGGCCGAGUUGACUCGCUUCGGCAUCACGCGGCCUGAGCCCGCCCCUGCCUCGGUCCCGCUGGGCCUCGCCGCGUCUCCCACUACCUCUCACACCCACCUCACACGAGGACCUCGUCACUCGCGCGGAGGCCGUCCUACGCCGCCUCCUGCUAACCGACAACUACGACUCCGUCAACAACUUCCUCUCACUGUACGACGCUUUCGAGAAAUCCGCCGAACCCCUCCAAGAUCUGUUCGGGAAGUACUCGCCCCCUAUACGCCCGCGGAAGCACACUUGCGUCGGGCUGGGUUUCGAGUUGAUCAGGAGGUGGCGGAGUUUGGAUAAGCAGUUCAAAGGUUUCGCGGCGGCGACUGCGUUGGUCUCGUGCGAAGAGGCGGUGGUCGAUGUGAGAGAGUACGUGACGAGUGGGGAGGGGCCGGCGUCGGUGGAGGCGGCCGAGAAGGAGCAUGUGAUGGUCUGCGUGCAGAUCACGGUCGACGGCCGCCCUGGUGUGUUGCUGGCCGAUCCCGGGUACCAUGUGCCCAGGGUUGUCACCGUCAUGGCGGAUAGAGCGUAUCCGCAUACCGGUUGGUUCACACAAUCGGACGAACCGCAGUGCCGCAAGGAGUACAGCUACGCGUUCAGCCCGCACAACGGCAGCUACGUGGAGUGGCGCGAGCGGGAGACGCGAGGGGCCACGGUCAAGUGCCAGACCUCGCUGGUGUACGUUGCCAGGCCAUACCUGGACGGCGUCAAUGUCACCGAGAGGCGGAAUCUUGUGUACAACUUCAGGAGUCUCCUUGCCCGCGACCAAAAGGGCCACCUCAUAGCCGGGCUAUACUUCCCGGUAGGCGGCCGCGGCAAAGACGCGCAGUUCACUCUAUUCUUCGACAGCGGCACCGAAAAGCAGAAGACCAAGUAUAAGUUCAACACCUUCAUCGACCCCGACACUAUACCAGACUCAAUAUCGGAAGAGGUUGAGCUCUGCAACGCACAAAUGAACUAUAAGGAAGGUGAACUACGCAAUAUCAUCUGCAAACUCGCCAAGGUCUUAUCCAACCAAUCGUUUAUCGAUCAAGUCCUUGAGAUAAACGACGACAUCUGCCGUUUGUGCCUCUGACAGCCACAGAAUGGCGCCAAGGACAAAAUGGCUGCUAUUAAAGAUGGAGGCAAUACCAGCGCUGCCUCUUAAUUUUUUUCACAUUUGUCUCUUAAAUUAUAGUUAUUAUUAUUAUUUAAUUCGAUCAAAUAUUUUUAUAAAAAUACUAUUAAAUUGGUGGUAAUGGCACAGAUUACUUAAUAGUUUACUAAACUGGUAAUGGGUUUGUUUAUAAGAAAUUUUUUUCUUAGUAAUUAAGAUUUAUUUCUUUUACUUUAAAAAAAAUUUAAAUGUCAAAACUAGUUUAAUUUCAACUUUUUUUUUCUAUUGGUUUCCAUUCUAAUUAAAUACAUGAUAAUUUGACAAAUUUGAACACGGUGUUUUAUUUUUUUUUUGUUAUGGAGAACAGAACGGAAGUUGAGAUAUGCAAAUAAAAAUGUGCUUAAAGUUGAUAAUACUUCAUAUUAAACUGAAAUUCUGGAAGAGAUAGAGGAGCGAGUUACGAUAAUACUAGUCUGAAAAAUUGGGAGGGGACAAGAUGAAAUGAGAUAAGACAAAAAUUAAUUAACUAUCUUUCAGGAUCUUUAGGAAAAGUCCAAAACAUUUUGAUUUCCGUGUUUUACAUAUUUAUUUAUAUAAAAAAUAUUAUAAAUUGUAAUAACUGCAGCCUACAUGUAGUGUACCAAAUUAUCGUACAUAAAUUGUGCUUCUUUUCUUAAAUAUCCGGCCAGAAUAUAAAAUAUAGAAAAUUGUUAAAUAUUAAAUUAUAGUAAAAAUUAUAAAAAAAAAAUUAAAAUUUAAUUUUGAUUUUUGAUGCUACCAAAUACUUAACCACCACGUAGUCGAUUAUCUAUGCCGUAGCCAUAUCUCAAAAAAACAUAUUUAAAAGGCUGUAUAACUAAAAAUAUAAGGUCUGCCUGUAAGACUGAAUAGCUCUGCUUAAAAUUUGUCGCAUAAGCACAAUUAAAAACAUAUUGAACAAAAAAAGCAAAUUUGUAGUAAUUUUUAUUAAGAUUUUUAGGGACAUUUACCGAAGUUCUAAAUGUAGUUUAUUAGCUUCUUUACACUGUUAUGCAAUAAUUCACAUUGUAUUUUAAGGGAUGAAAUUAACUAAAGCAAAAGUGUACACCUGAAACCUUUUGGAUAUAAGAGUGCUAAUUUCUUGUUUACCACAUUCAUAUACCACGUUUUGU